AUGCAGGACAUGAAAAGGAGACAGUUGCCCCGAGGCGCCGCUCGAGUCCCGUCCGGAAGCAGGACCCUGCUCGCGUGCGCGAAAUGCAAAGAGAGGAAAUUGAAGGUACAUAGGAAGACUCAAUUCGGAACACCAAAAUUAUUCUGUCUUGUCGAAGACCCAAUAACCAAAAUAUACCGGCCUCGAAAUUACGUCGAAAUCUUGGAAAAACGGGUUGCUCUCCUCGAGAGCCUUCUAAAGCAAUGCCGACCUGAUCUCAUCGAUAGCGAUGUGUUCGCCCAAUCUCCAGAUAUUCAGUCAAGUUCUUUGCCUUCAACGCAAGCCAUAGAGACACUCAAUCCAGGGGAUGCUAAUCGAACAGCCUUAGCCAAAACCAAGGGAAAUGUCGAGCAAGAUUUUGGUGUUGACAAGCUGGCGUCAAACGUGGGCCUGCUAAGCCUAAAUGCAGCUGGAGCAGAACCUCAGUAUCUGGGCUCAUCCUCGAUCUUCGCUUUUUCGCGCUUGAUCAAUUCCUCCCUCCGCCAAGUAGUUUCUCCUGAUUUUCCCACCGUCAACGUGUACGAUCGGGCUAAAAACCGCUCUUCCGUGCUUCCAUCUCCAUGCUUAUUGCCCCCUUAUGAAUCGGCUGUCAAGCUCAGUGAUAUUUAUUUUCAGAAUAUUAAUACACAGUAUCCCUUUUUACACGAGCCAACUUUCAAGGCAUGGGAAUCGAUGUUGGUGGAUGAGUCGACGGGGUUGGAAACUUGUGUUCUCAGUUCUACUUCCUUGUUUUUCCUGAACAUGGUGUAUGCUGUCGGUGCUUUACUCCUACCCAGUCUCGGAUAUUCAACAGAGAUCACCCACGGGUACUUCACACUGGUAUGGAUGACACCCAAAGGAGAAGAAAACAAUGAACUCUCGCUCAUGACAUAUAGGAAACUAGCAGGAUUAGCACUGCGCAUGUGUAUUGAUUUGGGCUACCAUCGAAAUGCAGAGCGCUUUGCAGAGUCUUCAGAUAUACUUCAAACAGAGUUACGCAAGAGGGUAUUCUGGUGUGCUUACGUCGUGGAAACCCAAGCGGCUGUCAUGUUGGGACGGCCUCUGGGUAUCCCUUACCAGGAAGUUGAUGCCGAGUAUCCGAUUGAUAUCGAUGAUUCAUGCAUCACGGCCACUGGACUUGUUGGCAUGCCGCGGAAUUCCCCAGGCGAUGCACCGACCAAUAUAACAAGAGCGAUUCAUACAUUUCGAAUUCGACGCAUUUUGAAUCGUAUCCACACUUGCAUUUACUCAAAAGCUGACCCGCGCUGCUCAGGCAAACACGACCAGCGGAUUGAUGUGCAGAAUAUCCGCGCCGACAUCGAGAAGUGGCGAAGCGAAAUUCCGCCCACGCCUUCUUAUAAUCGCUCCGGUGAGGAGCUUGUCCUAUUUACAACUGAAGAUUGGUAUGGUAUGGAAUAUAACUAUACGAUUCUACAGCUCUAUCGAGCCCAAAUAGUUGAUCACCGAACGGAGACUCCAGACGGCGUAUUCCUUGAAUGCAUGAGGGCCGCAGAAAAUAUUUGCCACAGCUAUCGUCGUCAGUUCUUAGGAAAGCCGACGAGUUGUACAUGGGCAGCUCUUCACGAACUUUUUCUAGCAGGUUUGACAUAUCUCCACUGUCUUUGGACGUCGCCCGCGGCUCGAGAGGCGUCCGGCCAUGGGAAGGCAAACAAUACAUGUAAUGACUGUACAAUUGCCUUGGUUAUUAUGGCAGAACGAUGGGAUGCUGCUUCUCCGUAUCGAGAAAUAUUCAUGGCUCUUGUCAGCCGCACCAUGGCAAUGAUGGGUGAUAAAAGUGAUGAAAGUGUAUCUACAAAUGUGGUCUCAGCGGAUUCCGAAAGUUGGGUUGAAGAAGAUUGGACAGAGUGGAUGGGAAUCGUGGCAGAUGCGGGUUUGCUUGAAGGCUUCAAUGGACUUUUAACUGGUGUGCCGAACAGAUGA